AUGUUGGUCCAGAGGUCCCUCAAGUUUAAGCCACUUCAUGCUACAUUUGCCGCUGAAGUGGAGGGCGUUGAAUUUUCAAAGCCCAUAUCGGAUUCUGUGAUUGCAGAAAUUCAGGAUGGCAUUGACAAAUAUGGCGUUCUCGUCUUCCGGAACGCAAACAUGGAUAACGACACUCACGUUUCUUUCACACGGCGGUUCGGCGAGCUGGAUUCAAUGCCCUUUAUUCGUCGCCGAGGUCGAUUCCCUGAUCAGCCGCACAUUUUCGACGUUUCCAACCUGGAUGACUCUGGAGAAAUCGUCAAGACCACCGACCGAGUUACCUCAAUGUUGAAGAAGGGCAACGAGCUAUGGCAUGCCGAUAUGCAGUAUCAUCCACGAAGGGACAAAUAUUCACUCCUCCGAGCAGUAGAGAUCCCACCCAAGGGUUCGGGUGGUGAGACUGAGUUUGCAGACUCCCGGACAGCCUAUGAAGAUCUCAGCCAAGAAUGGAAGAACAAACUUGAGAACUUGGUAUGUGAUUGUUCUCUGAUUCAUAAUCGUCGAAUGGCGGCACCGGAUCUGUAUAAAGAUGUGGAUCCAUACGACUGGUCUAUCUCCCAUUUCAAGGCAGUCUAUCCGCACGAGGGGAGCGGACGGAAAAAUCUGUAUGUUACCAGUUACGUUUAUAGGUUCCAAGGUUAUUCGAUUGAAGAAAGCCAGGAGAUGAGAGAGGAACUGAUCGCACACGGUACCCGGCCAAAAUACGUGUACAAGGUUGCUUGGGAGCAGCCUGGAGAUGCAGUCAUGUGGGACAACACAGCAGUCUGGCAUCGGGCACUAGAUGCAUCAGAGUAUAUAUUCAAGUAUCGAAGAGACAUGCGGCGGACCAACACAUACGACAAUGGGCCGUAUGCAUGGGGGGAGAACGAGGUCGGGAAGGACUGGAAGGUGCAACUCCCAAAGGAUCCUUUGGCACAUGAGAGUCAGCUCAAUCGAUUAGUUGGGUAG